AUGUCCCCCGGCAGAGGUCCCAUGGCGCCAGGCUGGGCCGUGCUGGUGCUGCUGGUGCUGGUGCUGAGCACCCUGCGGGCAUGCGGGGCCCUGCCACCGCCGGAGCCGGGGCAGCACCGUGGCAUGCAAUGGGUCUGGGGGGCAGCCAGGCAGACGCAGGCCGAGCCCCUGCCGCUCUCCCGCAGGAAGAGGGCCGACAGCGAGCAGCAUCCCAGUGCCACCACCGCCACGCCGGGGCAUGGCCACGCUGCCACCAUGAUGCCCAGCGGCAACGACACCGAUUCCACCAAGCCCGAUCCACUGCUGGGCUCUGUGCUGCCGGUGGAGCCUGGCACCACCGCCAGCCCACCCUGGGCACUCGUGGUACCAACCACAGCCAAUCCCCUGGACGAGACCAAUUCCCCCAAGCCCAACCUGCUGCCGAGCUCUGCACCACCACCAGCACCCAGCACCAACGCCAGCUUGCACCGGGCACUCGCCGUGCCGACCACAGCUGAUCCGGAGGAUGAGACCGAUUCCCCUGAUCCCGACCUGCUGCUGAGCCCUGUGCCACCGGCAGCGUCCAGCACCAACGCCAGCCUGCACCGGGCACUCGCAGUGCCGACCACAGCUGAUCCGGAGGAUGAGACCGAUUCCCCUGAUCCCGACCUGCUGCUGAGCUCUGUGCCACCGGCAGCGUCCAGUACCAACGCCAGCCUGCACCGGGCACUCGCAGUGCCGACCACAGCUGAUCCGGAGGAUGAGACCGAUUCCCCUGAUCCUGACCUGCUGCUGGGCUCUGAGCUGCCGACGGAGCCCAGCACACAGGCAGCAUCCCAAAAGAGCAUCACCACUGUCCCCAGCCAGCUCACGUUGCCCGGCAAGGAGGGGAUGGUGGCCGGUGGCACGGACAGCAGCUCCUCUGCGGGGCCGCACUCGGCGACCCCCCCAGCCCUCAGUCCCACCACCACGGGUUACGAGAAAGUCAAGAAAGCCGGGACUCCCCCCGCGCCGACUCGUUCGGCCCCUUGGGACACAAAGCUCGGAGGGACCACGGUGCCGGUCCCUUGGGACCCCAGCAGGGUGAUGAGCAAGUGCCUGCUGGCCAUCCUGCUGCUGGCACUGGUGGCCGCCACCUUCAUGGUGUGCACGGGGGUGCUGGGCGCCCUGCUCUGGCGGCGGGCGCGGACGGCACACCGCCGGCUCAGCCACACCGAGAUGGUCUGCAUCUCCUCCCUGCUGCCCGACGGUGAGGUGGCCGCCAACGGCCCCAAGCCCGGCCAGGCCCGGCGGCCGAAGCUGCUGCUCGACGGUGGCUCGGAGGCCGACGGUGACAACCUGACUCUCAGCAGCUUCCUGCCAGAGCACUCCUGAGCCACGGGGACAGGGUCCUGCAUCCCAGAGCAUCAGGGGACCGACCGGUGCCUGCGCCGUGGGCAUGGUGCCCGGUCCCCGGUCCUGCCACGUGUGGAGCCACGGCCAGGGGACCCCCAUCCCCUUGGGUUCGUGUUUUAACUUGGACUGGUGUGACGGGGAGCUGCUUUCCCCCGGGGCGAGCUCAGCCCUCGAGGCUGACCCCAUUAAAG